CAGCAGCAGCAGUUUUGGAAUAUCCACUAGCCUCGUUGGCUGGGAGCAGGAAAUCAGGGAAAGAGCUUCAAAGUUGCUAAUUCCCACUGGCCAACUGGACUGAACCAUCUCUACCACCUGGUGUAGAGACAGAUCAACUUUAUUUGAUGGAAAAUCAGUCCCAGGAUGAUGAGGCUGACUAAUUCCAGCGCUGGUUGCUAUCGGCGUGGUGCCCAUGAUGUGCUGGAAAGCAUUCACCUGCCACAUCCAUCAUCGACAGAGGCCCAGGAAUGUGGCCUGUUGGGUAAGCUGGGCCAAAGGUGAGGCAGACCCAGAAAGCACAGGACAAGCAGAGAUGGAAAUCCCUGACGAUCUCCAGGAUGGAGACCAGCCCUAGACCCCGCAGAGUAGAGCUCUGGGCCCACAGAGAAGAACCUCUGAGUUUAAAUCCAGAGAAGUGACGAGCUUUGCAAAACCGCAGAGAUGGCCUGUCCCUGGAAGUUUCUGUUCAAGACCAAAUCCUAUAAGGCUGACUUGACUGAGGAAAUAGACAUCAACAACAAUGUGGAGAAAGCCCGCCAGCUUCCCUCCAGUCCAGUGACACAGGAUGACCCCAAAUGUCACGGCCUUGGCAAGCACCGGAAUGAGUCUCCCCAGCCCCUCACGGGGACAGCAAAGCAGUCUCCAGAAUCGCUGGUCAAGCCGGCUGCACCCCCAUCGUCCUGCCCACGGCAUGUGAGGAUCAAAAACUGGAGCAACGGGCUGACUUUCCAAGACACACUUCACUACAAGGCCAAAGGGGAUCUCGCUUGCAAGUCCAGGUCUUGCCUGGGAGCCAUCAUGAACCCCAAAAGUUUGACCAUAGGACCCAGGGACAAGCCUACCCUCCUAGACGAGCUUCUACCUCAAGCUAUUGAAUUUGUCAACCAGUAUUAUGGCUCCUUCAAAGAGGCAAAAAUAGAGGAACAUCUGGCCAGGGUGGAAGCGGUAACAAAGGAGAUAGAAACAACAGGAACCUACCAGCUGACGGGAGAUGAGCUCAUCUUCGCCACCAAGCAGGCCUGGCGCAACGCCCCCCGCUGCAUCGGGAGGAUCCAGUGGUCCAACCUGCAGGUCUUCGACGCGCGGAGCUGUUCCACGGCCCAGGAGAUGUUCGAGCACAUCUGCAGACACCUGCGUUAUGCGACCAACAACGGCAACAUCAGGUCGGCCAUCACCGUGUUCCCCCAGCGGAGCGACGGGAAACAUGACUUCCGGGUGUGGAACGCCCAGCUCAUCCGGUACGCCGGCUACCAGAUGCCUGAUGGCACCAUCAGAGGGGACCCUGCCAGCCUGGAGUUCACCCAGCUGUGCAUCGACCUGGGCUGGAAGCCCAAGUACGGCCGCUUCGAUGUGGUGCCUCUGGUCCUGCAGGCUGAUGGCCACGACCCUGAGCUCUUCGAAAUCCCUCCCGACCUUGUGUUUGAGGUGCCCAUAGAACAUCCCAAAUAUGAGUGGUUCCAGGAGCUGGAGCUGAAGUGGUAUGCCCUGCCGGCCGUAGCCAACAUGCUGCUCGAGGUGGGUGGCCUUGAGUUCCCAGGGUGCCCCUUCAACGGCUGGUAUAUGGGCACAGAGAUCGGAGUCCGGGACUUCUGUGACGUCCAGCGCUACAACAUCCUGGAGGAAGUGGGCAGGAGGAUGGGCCUGGAAACACACAAGGUGGCCUCACUCUGGAAAGACCGGGCUGUCGUUGAGAUCAAUGUCGCUGUGCUCCACAGUUUCCAGAAGCAUAAUGUGACCAUCAUGGACCACCACUCAGCUGCAGAGUCCUUCAUGAAGUACAUGCAGAAUGAGUACCGGUCCCGAGGGGGCUGCCCAGCUGACUGGAUUUGGCUGGUCCCCCCAAUUUCUGGAAGCAUCACCCCCGUGUUCCACCAGGAGAUGUUAAAUUAUGUCCUGUCCCCUUUCUACUACUACCAGGUGGAGGCCUGGAAAACCCACGUCUGGCAGGAUGAGAGGCGGAGACCCCGGAGAAGAGAGAUUCGAUUCAAAGUCUUGGUCAAAGCCGUGCUCUUUGCCUCAGUGCUGAUGCGUGAGACAAUGGCUUCCCGGGUCAGAGCCACGAUCCUCUUUGCAACAGAGACGGGAAGAUCCGAAACACUGGCCCGGGACCUAGGGGCCUUGUUCAGCUGUGCCUUCAACCCUAAGGUUCUCUGCAUGGACGAAUACAGGCUGAGCCAUCUGGAGGAGGAGCAGCUACUGCUGCUGGUGACCAGCACGUUCGGGAACGGAGACUCCCCUGGCAACGGAGAGAAACUGAAGAAGUCCCUCUUCAUGCUGAAAGAACUCACCAACAAGUUCAGGUAUGCCGUGUUUGGCCUCGGCUCCAGCAUGUACCCUCAGUUCUGCGCCUUUGCUCAUGACAUCGACCAGAAGUUGUCCCAGCUGGGGGCUUCUCAGCUCACCCCAGCGGGGGAAGGGGACGAGCUCAGCGGGCAGGAGGAGGCCUUCCGUGGCUGGGCCGUGCAAACCUUCAAGGCGGCCUGUGAGACGUUCGAUGUCCGAGGCAAACACCACAUUCAGAUCCCCAAGCUCUACACUGCUAAUGUGACCUGGGACCUGCACCACUACAGGCUCGUGCAAGACUCACAGCCUUUGGACCUCAACAGAGCCCUCAGCAGUAUGCACGCCAGGCAUGUGUUCACCAUGAGGCUGAAGUCGCGGCAGAAUCUACAGAGUCCAAAAUCCAGCCGUACCACCCUCCUGGUGGAACUCUCCUGUGAGGGCAGCCAAGGUCCAAGCUACCUGCCGGGAGAGCACCUCGGAGUUUUCCCAGGCAACCAGCCAGCCCUCGUCCAAGGCAUCCUGGAGCGAGUGGUGGAUGGCCCUGCACCCCACCAACCCAUGCACCUGGAGACCCUCUGCGAGAACGGCAGCUACUGGGUCAGGGACAAGCGGCUGCCCACCUGCUCGCUCAGCCAGGCUCUCACCUAUUUCCUGGACAUCACCACCCCGCCAACCCAGCUGCUGCUCCGAAAGCUGGCCCAGCUGGCCACGGACGAGGCUGAGAGGCAGAGGCUGGAGACCCUGUGCCAGCCGUCCGAUUACAACAAGUGGAAGUUCACCAAUAGCCCCACCUUCCUGGAGGUGCUGGAGGAGUUCCCGUCCCUGCGGGUGUCCGCCAGCUUCCUGCUCUCCCAGCUGCCUGUCCUGAAGCCCCGGUACUACUCCAUCAGCUCCUCCAGGGACCACACACCCACGGAGAUCCACCUGACUGUGGCCGUGCUCACGUACCGCACCCGAGACGGCCAGGGUCCCCUGCACCACGGCGUCUGCAGCACAUGGCUCAGCAACCUGAAGCCCCAAGACCUGGUGCCCUGCUUUGUGCGAAGUGCCAGCGGCUUCCAGCUCCCCGAGGACCCCUCCCACCCUUGCAUCCUCAUCGGGCCUGGCACGGGCAUCGCCCCCUUCCGCAGUUUCUGGCAGCAGCGGCUCCAUGAUGCCGAGCACAAAGGUCUCCGGAGUGGCCGCAUGACCCUGGUGUUUGGGUGCCGCCGCCCAGAUGAGGACCACCUCUACCGUGAAGAGAUGUUGGAGAUGACCCGUAAGGGGGUGCUGCAUGAGGUGCACACAGCCUAUUCUCGCCUGCCUAACCAGCCCAAGGUCUACGUUCAAGACAUCCUGCGGCAACAGCUGGCGGACGAGGUGCUCCGCGUGCUCCACGAGGAUCAAGGCCACCUCUACGUCUGCGGGGACGUGCGCAUGGCCCGGGAUGUGGCCCGCACCCUGAAGCAGCUGGUGGCCACCGCGCUGAGCCUAACUGAGGAGCAGGUGGAGGACUAUUUCUUCCAGCUUAAGAGCCAGAAGCGCUAUCAUGAAGAUAUCUUUGGUGCUGUAUUUCCCUAUGAGGUGAAAAAGGAUGGGGCAGCAGGGCUUCCCAGCAAUACCAGAACUCCAAGCGCCCACAGGAGAAGUUAAAGCUGCCACCGUAGAAUUUAAGGAUGGCGCCAACUCUCGAUUUUCUGAGGUCACAGGACUGGGGAUAUUGGAGGGAGAUUAUAUCCCCAAGCCUCACAUUUUAUUUCCCCAUCCUUCCCUCUCAAACGCUUUACUUGACCUGCUACCCAGUAGCAGCCUGGACUGAGUGAGCCCCUUCCCGGGGUGAUGGAGAGAUGGGCCUCCCCGGUCCCUUGGAGACUAAAUCUGCAGUGCCAGGCCUGGCCAGUGGGUGAGAAGGAUGGACUUCCUUGAUUCCACCACUUGGGUGACCACCAGGGGGCGCUGUCACGUCACUGUGUAUUUAGCUGCCCGUGUACAGUUAUUUAUGCCUCUGUACGUAAAAAAAACAAACCUCAGUCUGCCUCUUGAGCCUUCCUUGUAUGACUCCUUGAUGGAGAUAUUUAUACGAAAUGCAUUUUAUUUUAA